AGCAGUGGAGCGGCCGGGGCGGGGGCUAGGUGUACUGGGGUUCAUCGCCAACCCUAACCCGGUCCAAGGCAAAGGGAUGCCCUGCCUCUGAUGCUCCUCCCACACCCCACAGACAGUCCAAAACUCUUCCCCAUAGGAUUAACUCUCUCCCACUUCGAUCCUCAAUUCAAUUCAGCCCCUACCUUUGAGGGUUUGAACCUCAGAUUUGGAGCCCCAAAUACUGUCUCCCUCCUGACUACUCACUUAUAACCCUAGUCACCCACUUUCAAGUCUGGCCCCGUUCUCAUCUUGAACUUGCAUCCUCAGCCCUGAAAACUCUUUUCUGGCUCCCAACAUCCAUCCAUAGAUACCACCCUAAGGGACCCCUCCAACCCACACCAUCCCAGGUGCCUCUCCCUCACCAUACAUCCCUUCCUCUGCUCAGUCUGACCCAGGCCCUGUGCCCCUGAAGACAUGGAGUUUGUGUCUGGAUACCGGGAUGAAUUCCUUGAUUUUGCUGCCCUCCUCUCUGGCUGGUUCCGCAAGUUCGUGGCAGAGCGCAGGGCUGUAGGGACCAGCCUUGAGGGUCGCUGGCGGCAGCUGGAGGCUCAGAUCAGAAGGUUGCCCCAGGACCCGGCCCUUUGGGUGCUCCACGUCUUGCCCAACCGCAGUGUGGGCAUCAGCCUGGGGCAAGGGGCAGAGCCAGGCCCUGGAUCGGGCCUGGGGGCUGCCCGGCUGCUGGGAGAUGAGCCCCCACUCCACCUGCGAGACCUAAGUCCCUAUGUCAGCUUUGUCAGCCUGGAGGAAGGGGAGGAAGGAGAGGAGGAGGAGGAGGAAGAGGAACAAGAAGAGAAUGGAGAGGAGGAGGGUGCAGGCACCAAAAAGGUAGAAACAGAGGAGGAUGGGGAGCCGGCCCCUAGCAGCAGGGAGUCCCCCAAGGAAGCCACCCCUCCAGGGGAGCCAGAGGAGGCCGAGCAGGAGGCUGGAGGUGGCGAGGAUGGCCAAGAGGACAGGGCAGAAGACGAACCAGGGCCUGAGAGGAGAAAGGGACGGAGAAGUGAUGCUGCCCCCUUGCACCUUUCCUGCCUCCUACUGGUGACGGAUGAACAUGGCACCAUCCUGGGCAUUGACCUGCUGAUGGAAGGAGCCCAGGGGAGCACAGGCAGGGGCUCAGGGCCUGAGAACCUGGCUCCUCGAGCCUAUGCUCUCCUCUGCCACAGCAUGGUCUGCCCCAUGGGCUCUGGAGACCCCCGAAAGCCCCGACAGCUUACUGUGGGAAAUGCCCAGCUGCAUCGGGAGCUGGAGAAUCUAGUCCCAAGGCUGGGAGUGAAGUUAGCCAAGACCCCGAUGCGGACGUGGGGCCCCCGGCCAGGCUUCACCUUUGCCUCCCUCCGGGCUCGAACCUGCCAUGUUUGUCAUAGGCACAGCUUUGAGGUGAAACUGACACCCUGCCCACAGUGUGGUGCUGUCUUGUACUGUGGAGAGGCUUGUCUCCGUGCGGACUGGAAGCGAUGCCCAGAUGACGUAAGCCACCGAUUUUGGUGCCCAAGGCUUGCUGCCUUCAUGGAGAGGGCUGGAGAACUGGCAACCCUGCCUUUUACCUACACUGCAGAGGUGACCAGUGAAACCUUUAACAAGGAGGCCUUCCUGGCCUCCCGCGGCCUCACUCGUGGCUACUGGACCCAGCUCAGCAUGCUGAUUCCAGGCCCUGGUGCCCCCAGGCACCCAAGGGGCAGCACACCCUCCCUCAGCCUUCUUCUCCAUGGAGAUCCUUACCAGCCUUUCCAGGGGUAUGAGCCCGCCCUGAUGCCUCCAGUGCCCCCAGAUUCACCCAGGGGCCUCUUUGGCUCGUGGCAGGAUUACUACACGUGGCGGGGCCUCAGCUUGGACUCCCCCAUGGCCGUGCUCCUCACCUACCCGCUGACUGUGUACUACGUCAUCACCCACCUGGUGCCCCAGUCCUUCCCUGAGCUCAACAUCCAGAACAAACAGUCACUGAAAAUCCACGUGGUGGAGGCUGGGAAGGAGUUUGACCUUGUCAUGGUGUUUUGGGAACUCUUGGUCUUGCUCCCCCAUGUGGCCCUGGAGCUGCAGUUUGUGGGUGAUGGCCUGCCCCCCGAAAGUGACCAGCAGCACUUUACCCUCCAGAGGGAUGGCCCUGAAGUAUCUGUCCGCCCUGGUUCUGGCGUAUCAGCACGGCUCAGCUCUGGGACUAAGGAGAAGGGGGUCCACAGAGACCUGCAGAUCAAGGUGUCUGCAAGGCCCUACCACCUGCUCCAGGGGCCCAAGCCUGACUUGGUCAUUGGCUUUAACUCUGGCUUUGGACUAAAGGACACUUGGCUGAGCUCGCUGCCCCGGUUACAGUCCCUCCGAGUGCCGGCCUUCUUCACCGAGAGCAGCGAGUAUGGCUGUGUGAUGGACGAUCAGACCAUGGCGGUGGCCACAGGAGGGGGGACCAGCCCUCCACAGCCCAACCCUUUCCGCUCCCCCUUUCGCCUCAGAGCGGCAGACAAUUGCAUGCCCUGGCGCCGAGGAGAAAAGAAACCUGGGCGGGGGUCCCGCCGGCGCAGGUGAGGGCCGAGAGAUAGCAGUCCACCCUCUUCCCCCGACACGCCUCAGAAAGGAACACGAAACAGGGGAGGCCGAGGGCGAGGCCGGUUGACGGAACACGAAAAGCUGAAUAAAAUUACUUGUUUGAAA